UUCUCUGAAAUCAUGAAAGAAGUUGUUUGAAAUGUGGAAGAUUUUGUGUCUGUUGAAUGUGCUUUGUGCAUGUGGGAGCUUUCAGCAAAUAUCAAACGAUUUGAAAAAAGUUCAAUACCAAUACGUCGUCGAGAAAUGGCUCAAUGACGUCGAUUCUGAUUUAUCCCACUUCAAUUCGCUGGCGGCCCACCUAACUUGGAAGCUGUCCACCGACCCUGACGAGAAAACUUUGUGGCAAGCUCGCCAGCUGGGGAAAGCGAGGAACAGGUGGAAAAACAAAGUGUGCGAAUCCACGAUCAGAACCGACUGGACGAUGCCGGAACAGAGAAGGAAAAUUUAUCUGAUGUGCAGGGGGCCGAAGUUCGGCGAUCAAAUGGUCUUGGAGUAUUUGGAGGUUUUGGGGAAAUUAUCGGAGGAGUACAAUUCGGAAGUGUGCUUGGAAGGGCGUCCGGUGAAAGUUAACGAAAGCGCGCCGAAUUUUCCGGAGGAAGGGGAUUGUUUGUACGGGGAGCCAGAUUUGGAAAGGAUUAUGAAAAGGAACGAUUUGGAUCCGGAGCAGCUGAAGUGGAUUUGGCUUAAUUGGCACGAUUCGGUGGGGCCUAGGGUUAAAGUGCCGUUUCGGGUGGCUGUGGAAUACCAGAAUCUUGCAGCGAGGAGCAAUGGUUACGACGACAUCGGCGCAGUGUGGCGUGAAGAACUCGAAACCCCCGACUUGGAAAAAUUCGUCUUUGAUUUAUACGAAGAAAUACAGCCCCUGUACGUAAUGUUACACGCUGUAGUGCGACACAAGCUUUACCAGAAAUAUGGACCUUCACAUAUUGAUCCCAAGGGACCAAUUCCUGUACACUUAUUAGGAAACAUGUGGGGACAAGACUGGGUGUCUUUACUAGAAUUAUUUUCAGUUUCAAGUGCAAACAUAAAUUUAAACGAAAAAUUACAAAAUAAAAAUUUGACAGUCAAAGAUAUGGUUCUAGAAGCUGAAGAUUUUUACACGUCUUUGCGUCUUCCAGAAAUGACUGACAAGUUUUGGAAAUUCUCGAUUUUUGAGGAAAAUGAGAACACCACGCUGUGUCAUGGAACAGCGGCUGACUUAUACAGUCGCGACGACUUCAGAAUGCUAAUGUGUGGUAAAGUUAACAUGGAAGAUUUUUACAUCAUUCAUCACGAAAUGGGACACAUCGAAUACUAUAUGGCGUAUCAAGAACAACCCGCUGUGUUUCAAGAUGGCACCACAACCGCUUUUCACGAAAGCAUAGGAGACGCUGUAAUGCACGGUGUCAUGACACCUCAACACCUCCAUCGCCUUAGUUUACUGACCGACAAUCAAUUAAUCGACAACAACACAGAACUUUACCUGCUAUUCUACCAAGCUUUGUCUAAAAUUCCAGAAAUUCCCUUUUCUCUAAUCAUCGAUAAAUACCGCUGGGAGAUUUUCAGAGACAACGUCCCUUACGACAAGUGGAACGAAUACUACUGGCACUUGAACAAAAAGUACAGAGGAAUCGUUCCACCUGAAAAUAGAAGUGGAAGAUACUUUGACGCUGGAGCCAAAUUUCACAUUCCUGAUAACACUCCAUACAUACGCUAUUUCUUAAGUAGCAUACUACAAGUCCAAAUUUUCAAAAGCUUGUGUGAGCUGACGCUGUAUGGAACAGCGGCUAGUAGUAACGAAGACAGUAACUUACCCCUUCACAAAUGCGAUAUUUAUGGGUCGAAAAAUGCAGGGAAAAAACUGCUCGCUAUGAUGGAAAAAGGCUCGAGCAUCCCCUGGCCUGAAGCGCUUUCAAUAAUUAGUGAAACCCCUCAAAUUUCUACAAAACCGUUUUUAGAAUAUUAUAAACCCAUUUAUACGUGGCUGAAAAAAUAUAUUGAGUCGAAUGACGUGUAUGUUGGCUGGUAAAUAUAACCCUGCAAACAGAA